UCGAGCGCCAUGGCCAGCGGCGGGCCACGUCCGGACCGGGCCGAAUCCGGCCUCGUCGAGCUGCUUCUGUCCAAAUCGCGGGAAGCCAAAGCCUUUGCCUAUUGCCCGUACAGCCAGUACCCCGUCGGGGCAGCCCUCCUGACCUCCGACGGGAAGAUCUACACCGGAUGCAACGUGGAAAACGCCUGCUACCCGCUGGGAGUGUGCGCCGAACGCACGGCAAUCCAGAAGGCGGUUUCCGAAGGGCACACCCGGUUUCUCGCCAUCGCCAUUAGCUGCAAGAGCCAGGACUACUACGCCGUGCCCUGCGGAGCGUGCCGGCAAGUGCUCAGAGAGUUUGGCAAGGACUGGGACAUCUACCUGACCAAGGCCGGAGAUGACCAGACCUACGUCCACAAGACCUUGGACGAACUCUUGCCCCUUUCCUUCGGACCCGAACACCUCCAAAAACUGGGAGGAAACUGAAUAAAUUUGCAUAUAUUUGCAUAUAUACAUACACAUACAUAUAUAUGGCAAAAAGGGUUGGACUAGAUGGCCUUUGGGGUUCCCUUCCGCCUAUACGAUCCUAUGACUUUUCAAUGGGAAUUAAAUCUCCUUCCUGUCUCUGGAAAUCUUGUGGAAAAGGCCAGAUGGCCAUCUGUCUGGAAGGUUUGGAUGGUGUCUUUCUUCGGGGAUGGACUGGAUGACCUUGGGGGUUCCCUUUCAACAAUAAACUUUCAAUACGGAAAUGAAUAAAUGCCGGAGUCUCAAAA